UUGGCUUGUGUGCUUUAGCCUCUGACUGGUUUUACAACAUGUGACAGUAACUUUCACUUGGCUCGCUGCCUCAGCGCGUUGGUAAGCUGGCUACGCAGUGGUCAGCAGGGUCUAUGGACAAGCCUCAUAAUACUGUAAGAAACUAGACAAUGGCCGAUUCAAAAAGCGCCGAGAAUGACUUUGAGAACCAGUACGACUCAACAUGGGACGAUGAGGAUGACGGAGAACAGCACGACAGGACGAAGUUAUCCAAGCGGCAGACUCACCGCACCCGCAGAAACUUAUAUGCUGCAAAGGACAUGCAAAAUUAUAGACAUAUGUGUCGGAACAUUAAAUAUGCUGAAAGGUCUGAAGAUUACGAGGGGGAGGUGUAUAACCUGAAGUUUUAUCAAAAUAAAAUACCAUCUCGCCCUGAUGGUUUAUUCAUUUGGGACUUUCACAAGUAUUGGUUUCGUGAUUACAAAAAGCUGGAAUACACACAUUCCUACAUUCAGUGGCUGUUUCCAAUUCAAGAGGAAGGGGUAAACCAUUGUGCACAUGUCCUUACCCUGAAAGAAAUUAAGCAUUUUCGUGAAAAUGACCAACUGAAGAGAAGACUGUUGAAGUCUUACAGGCUUAUGCUGGACUUCUAUGGCAUAAAACUGCUGGAUGAGAAUACAGGUGAAGUGGGACAUGCAGAAAACUGGAGAGAGCGAUUUGAGAACCUAAACAGUCACACACACAACAACCUCCGCAUCACCCGCAUUCUGAAGUGUCUGGGCAUCCUGGGGUUUGAGCACUACCAGGCUCCUCUGGUCCACUUCUUCCUCACGGAGACUCUGGUGAACAGAAGUCUUCCCAGAGUGAAGCACAGUGUUCUAGACUACUUUAUGUUCUCUGUUCUGAACAAGUCAGAGAGAAAACGACUAAUCAGAUUUGCCUUUAAGAAGUUUGAGCCAAAGGAAGAAUUUGUGUGGUGUCCUAAAAGGAUUCAAAUACGAUUUUUGAAGGAGAUCAAAACCAGAAAAGCAGAGACCCCUGAGACACGCCCUUCAGGAUCAGAGCCUGGUGUUCCAAGGCAAACACUGAAAGCAAGAAAACAAAAAGUAAAAGGAGAGGAUCAGAGUCUGGUGUUCCCCAGCCAACAUCAAAGGAUGAAAAAGAAUACUUCAUGUUGCUGUAUUGUAUAGGUCAGACACUGAUCAGAUUUACCUUAGAGAACUUUGAGCCAGAGGAGUAAUUUGUUUGGUGUAAUCUAAGGAUUUAAAAAUUAUUUUUAAGCGAAAUGGAAAAAAAUAAAUUACAGACACUUCCAUCCCAAGAAAUUACAGCUUAAAUCCAGUUAUAGGAAAAAAUAAUGCAGAAAAAAAACACCAUGAGGUUUCUCAGCUUGAAACAAAACCUCUGUGUUAGGCCUAGUGUUUAGAACACAAGGUGAACAUCUUGCGAUGCUCAGGCUCCAGCAUUUUUCAGCCUAAUGUCCAUCUGCUACAUCAAUUACCACUGUAGGAUACAGUUGAUUAGCACAUCUGCAGCAGAUACAGAUUGUCAUCCUGCUAGUUUAAUAACAUCAAACAAAACAAGAACACAUACAAGCAUUUAUUCUAAUUUACAUGAAUCUGACAAAAACUGAUGCAACAGAAACCAGUCUAGAAUCAGAAGCCAUGGUGAAAUAUAUUAGCUAGUUAUAUAUAUGUAUAUACACUCCUAAAAAAGAAGUCUUUUAAAAGGUUCAACAGUUCUAUAAGGAACUGUGAACACUCAAAGAACCAUUUGCAUGCUAAAAUGUUUCAUUGCAUGCUUAAAUGGUUCUUCCUUUUGAAGAUGAUUAUACUGUACUUUGUUCUAUACACAACCUUUAUAGAAAGGGUUCUACAUAGCACCAAAAGGUUUCUUCUAUAUAGAACCAUGUACCCACACAUUCUCCAUCAAUCUGAAGAACCAUUUCACCAUGCAAAGAACCCUUUAAGCACGCAAACCCUUAAAGAAACACCUUUUUUUUAAUAGCAUAUAUGCUAGUUACAUUAAACAUAUGAUUGUGAGAGAUUUGAUAUGAUCUUUUAACAAAAUUAAUUUCACAAAGAUAAUUACAGACAGUGCCCAGGGGGCUCUGACUGCCAUUGACCUUCAAAAGCCUUGGUGGCUAAAAUAUUUGGGGAUAAUUGGGAUGGGAUAUUGUUGUUGCUAUUGAAAUGGGAUGUUUUAGAUGCUGAGAUAAAGGUGUCAGUGUCUAGCCUUCCAUGCAAGUAGGACUACUUCUGUUUUUGCAUUACGACUCCAAAGUUUAAAAGAAAAGGAGAAGAAACCUAAAAACACAGACACAGAAACAUCAAACACAGCACUUUUAUAUAAACAAGGCUUUAGACUUUAUUGAAUGGAAAACACAGCUUAACAUAGCAGAUGUCAGUAAUGUAAUGUAGUCUACUCACUAUAUUACUACUAUAUUUACCACAUAUUAUUAGCUUAUAUUAAUGAACAUAUAUGGUUUGUACAAGUAGCUUUAAACUUGAUGCCUAGUUUUCAACAUGAAGUCAAUAGCUUUGCAGGUAGCUUUUAAGCCUUUAUGCUAUGGGACUAACAACAUAGGCGAACUGUUAGCCAACAAACACUACGUGACAGAUGAAACGUAACUUUAAAAGGAGUCAGUUGCAGCCUACCUUUGCACUGAGUCAUGCGGCUAAAUAUCCUAGUGUACUAGUGCCGUGAACUAUAUUUAGCAUGGUGCAAUCUCUGCUAUUUGCCUUAAUCAAGAGCUCUGAUGCUGCUGGUUAACAUGAAAUGGGGUUGAGGAGUCAAUUCGAUCGUCAGGAGUUGAGAUCUCAUUGCUGGACAAUUGAAAAAUGGUCCUAAAAGUCUGCUGUUUAUUGGAAAUUAAAUGAACUUUUCAAUCAAAAGCAUUAAUGCUAGUUAGUUAAUCACUAACAUCCCUACUUACAAUACUGUCAGUGAACAGAUAAAACUAGGGCUGGUCUGAACAGCAUUUGCAGCCUUCAAAUACUCAUCGAUAUUUCUGAAUGACUACUUGAAUACAUGUUCUCAAAACUUCAAAAAUAUAACAUUUGAACAUUUGUUUUCGAUCUGUCUGAUGGAAGAGAUACGCUUUCAUUUUACUCAGUGUUUUAGUUAGCGUCGGCUACACUAGAUGCGCAUCUUAUAUCUAUCAAGACGCAAGUCUGUUUUUUUUUUCCACUUGCGUGUGUGAGUGAAGCGUAAACUCCAUAGAGAUCCAGUCAAAUCACAGAAACCCUGAUGGUUUUGUUGGUGUGGUGUUGCAGAGCAGCUCCUGCGCUGUACUAACUGCAUUGUACUUCUGUGAUACAGAUGUAAAAACAUGUGAUGGUGAUUUUGUAGCAGUAAACAAAUCUGCUGUUUGGGCUGUCAAACUAGAAAACUGUUUUCUUAGAAAGGUUCCUGAAGUCUGAGGUGUUUACAUGAUGGAACUGAGUGGUUUGGACGCACAGCAGUGUACUUACAUGUUUGAGAUGACUCUUCAAACCUCUCGUGUCUCUAUGGUGUACCAAUUUAUUAUAGCAAAUCUUGCACUGA